AUGGAUACCCCGUCUGCCCCUACCGUUCAGGGAACCAAGCGGUCGCGGAUUAACUUUGAUGUGACGCCAACGAUGCAAGCAGAUGAUCAUGGACUGCAAGACGCGAUCAAUUUGCUAUCAUCGGACACAACAGUGCCUGCGCACCUAAAUACAAUCAUCGGUCACCUUUUGGACAGUGUGAUGAGGAAAGACCGUGAGUUGGAGAUGUUAAGGAAGCGCGACUCAGAGCUGAUCGCUGAGAACAAUAAGCUGAAAGAAGAGAUAAAGGUACUAAAAUCUAGUUUAGCUACCUCGCUUGCAAAUCACUCCCAUUCCGACAGUUCUGAACCCACUAGGCAGCCAAAUUCUUGCGAAGAAUCUGAGCGUGCUAGAUCCGUAGUAGUCAGUGGUCUUGCCGAGUGUACUGAUAGUAAUGUUACUGCUCGUUUGAAUUAUGACAUUGACUGUGUUAAGAAACUCUUUUCAUACCUUGAUGUAGAAUGUAUGCCUGUGACAUGUUAUAGAAUGGGGCGGCCGCGCAACGGUUUCCCCCGAUUGCUCAAGUUUGUGUUGCCGUCCACUAUGUUCCAGUCACUUUUGUUGAAGCGAGCACCUAGGCUUCGUUAUUUCCAAGUCAAAGGCGUUUAUAUUCGCCGAUCACUAACUAAAGAAGAACGAAGCCUACGUCGCGCUCGUCGUGCCUCUUCUUCUCAAAAUGCAUCUCAGCCACAAUGCUCUCCGCCUCCAUCCGAUAUGCAACUAUUAAUGUUUCGCCUCAAAACUCAUCCUUUCAUAAUGUCUCUUCGCCUGUUGUAUAUGCUACCUCACUUUUGUCAUCGGGAAACGCCUAAAGCAUCUCCGGAGAAAGAGGUAUUUUUCAACAUGCACCCCGAUAUCGUUUACUUUAGCUAA